UUACGAUGAUAACACGAUAGUCGUUCACAUUUUUCGUCCAGAUUUAUCAUACAAACAAGAAGAUGGCAAACUUUGGGUCGAUAAAUACUUGUCAUUUCGCACGAUUUAUCCUGAUGGAACAGUUGUACCAGUUGAUAUUUCGUUGGAUAUACAAGAUUUCAAUUAUUGCCUUUUGGACGUUAACGGAAUUCUUACAAGCGCUAUUGAAAUUUUUCCUGUAAAAAGUAAAUUUUUGCUAGUAACUUAUGCGGAAGUCACUUUUGAUGAUCCAUUUACUAUUAAUGAACGGGCGAUGGUUGUUGAUUUCAAUGGAAAGAUUUACGGUAACAUUGCAUUUGAACCUGCAUAUGUUAAUGUUUCUGCUAAACAAUGGUUACUUAGCCGAGCUGAAAUUUUCGUGAAUUUUAAUCCUGACAGGGGAUUUCUCCGGUUGUCACCUAUUACAAAUACUACCGAUUAUAUCUGGCAGCUAUACAUAUUAACUGAUGAGGGAAAUAUCCAAAUACUUGUGCAAGACUUCUUAAGUUUUUCAAACUCUAAUAACCUGAUAGUUACGGCCGUUCCAAUGGUGGAUGAAGGUUUCGCAAUCGUUUAUGCUAAUUCUACAGUUUCUGGAACAAUAAUCACGAAUCCUUUUACUUCACAAGGAGGAAUCUAUGCUAUAAUUUUAGAAUAUGGCAAAGUAACUAAACGAGAACUAGUUGUACUUUAUCAAACCUCAAUUCAAGGAUUUUUAUUUACUAAUAUUAAUUGCGAUACUGCUUGCGUAGAACUUAGACAAAGAUGUAUAGUUACGGCUAAAUUUACAUUUCGAGAUGUUAUGAAAACUUUUUAUCUAAAGGUAGAUUUUCUUUCCUCGGGAGCUGUCUAUAAUAUUAAGCCAUUGAUGAUCGAUAUCCAACCGAUUCCAAAAUUUGAUCAAUACAAUAUUCGAUCAUUACCAUUUGGAGGUUAUUUAUUAAGUGGACUAGGAAAUGUUGAUGAUCAAAUUGUGGUUUCUGGUUAUAUAUUUAAUGAAAACAAUGAAUAUUAUUCUUGGGACCUUCCAAAUCCUACUGUAUCAAACCUUCCAGGCAUCUCAACAAUCUUGAAAAACAAUACUUAUGUACUUUCUCAUCUGGGAAGAAAGCGAGAUUGGACUUUGAUUACUAGUGAUUUGUACAGAUUUGAGAAGGAACGAGAUCAUGGAUAUUAUAAUUUGCAUAUUGAUACCACAUUUCCGCGAAUUAAUGAUAUUAUCUCAUCUGAUACACGUAUAUUUACAAUAAAAUAUUAUGAUAAAGUUGAUUUAUCGCUUGGUAAUAUUACAAUUUUUCACGAUUGUGGGAAUAAACAUAAACUUCGUCAAAUUGUUUCUGGAACAAACAAAAAUUAUGUAAGCCUAGAUAGGGACGAAAUUACUGUUAGAGUUUAUAUAGUUAUGUCAAUAUUAAAACCUGGUGAAA